AUGCAAGGUCGAUUAUCUGCUUGGCUAGCCAAGCAUAAGUUAGCUCAUAGACCUUUGGGUUUUGAUUACCAAGGCACAGAAACAUUACAGAUCAAAGCCGAGGAUUGGGUCUCUAUAGCCGUUGCUCUAUAUGUUUAUGGUUUUAAUUAUCUUCGUUCUCAGUGUGCUUAUGAUGUAGCACCAGGGGGUUCCUUAGCUAGUGUAUACCAUCUUACGAAAAUAAACGAUAAUGCAGAUCAACCCGAAGAGGUGUGUAUAAAAGUAUUUGUCCCAAGGGAAGAUCCCAGAAUCCCGUCUGUUCUACGUAUUUGGAAAGGUGCUAAUUUCCAGGAACGGGAAUCUUAUGAUAUGUUGGGAAUAUUUUAUGAAAGUCAUCCAUGUCUAAAACGUAUAUUGAUGCCAGAAAGUUGGAUUGGGUGGCCUUUACGCAAAGACUAUAUUGCACCUGAUUUUUAUGAAAUACAAGAUUCUCAUUGA